AUGGACGACUCCGAAUGCCUUCAGAGCGAUUCCUUGGAUGCGGCUUCCGAGGUCAAUAAUCAAUCAGACACAGCCUCCGCAGCUCGGAAAAAAAGCUCCCCUCAGCCGCCCAGUAUUACUGUUGAAGGGAAAGACGAGCAAGAUGUAACGGACAUCGAAAUCACCACAGACGAUCUGUUCCCUUCAGAGCCAGAUAAACCUUUCAACGAACACAAGCUCGGGCUUGACAUAAACAAGCCGCACGGUUGGUCUGGCUCCAACUAUGAUGACUAUGAGUCCAGGGAUGAAAUCGAAGAUCAGUUGCACAAGCUCUUGCUUCUUCCUGGCCCGGAGAUUAGGAACAAGCUAUUUGCCAAAGUUCGGCACCUUGCGACGCAAGUCGAUCGCGCUAAUCAGAGAUUUCUGACAACCAAGCUCUUUGAUAGAGCUUGCAUUUACAACUAUUUUUUUCAGGACGUCAAAGCGAGUCUUGCAGAAAUUCACCCCUUUGGUGAAAAUUUCGUUGAUCUUAGUAAAGCCGUGACGCCAUUCUCGCGAUAUGCGCACUUCGUCGGCCAUUCCUUUGAAGCAAGCGGAAGGUGGCGAGCCAAUGCCAUGAGUCACCUGAAUCUCAUUCAGGAUGAGUCUAGCCAUAACCUUGGCAUUAUUUCCAAGUGGUUUGGCCCCGCUCUCAAGGUUAGCUAUGGCCUAAUCCGGCUUCACACAUGUCUACACUCCCUUGCGCCUCCAACGCGGGGGUUAAGGACCCCAUUCGACCCGGUGGUCCCAAGUCCUCCUAUUCUCACAUGGCUCUAUGGACAGGAACCCUACCUUUCCUUCAAGAAGGAGAAACAGGGACAGAACUAUCUGCAUAUCCAUGGUAAUGGAAGCCCUCUGGUCGAUAUUUCAGAGGUAUCUCGUCUCUUAUACGCCGCAUACGACUCUUCUCUUACCGGAGGCCAAGGAGGCGUAAACAGAAGUCCCGAAAAGUCGGUGGUCUACUUCGAAUUCGACCAGAACGAUGCGAGAUACAGAAGCAUUUCGUCUCUAUUAACAUAUCUGGUGGAUACCGUACUGUGGCAUUUCUGGCCUGAGUCCGAGACCUUGGCUUUUCAGGAGUUGACCUACCUAAGCGAUAUAAAAGCAUGGACAGUCAAGGACUUGUACCAUAUAUUCUCAAGACUCAGGUCAAGACUCGCCUCAAAGCUGGAUCUGACUUUCUUCAUCAGUUGUUUUGAUCAAUGUCAGGAAAACGAACACAAAUGGUUUAUGGAUCGCAUUCUCCACAAGCAGACAUAUAGUGAAGCUUCCUGCCGCAUGAUCAUAUCCACAUCCUCCAGUGAUGGGCUUGGAAUCGACCGAAUCAUCCAGGGACGACAUGUGAAUCUUCUUGAUUCCCACCUCUUCGCUAAGUCGAGCGAUAGAUUGAUGGAUAAAUACACUUUGGAUCUCAAAAGGUUGAUAGAGGAACGACAAAUCUACAACAACUUUAUACCCCAGAUUCAAGAUGUGCUCCAGAGUUGCAGCAAUGAACCAGAGAUCGGAAGGAUAAUUCUAACUUGGCUCGAAUCUUGCCACCGCGGUUACUCAAAGAAUGAGGUUGCGGCCACGAUCGACAAACUAUCUUCCGUCACAGUCGAUACCGUUAUAAAUGCGAUAACAUCUACUUUGACGACAAGCCUCAGAGUCAAAUCUGAGACUGCUAUCGACUGGAUCAGACACGCUGCAGAACCCUGGUCACCUGAGGCUCUGGUUGAAGCACUCAAAGUGUAUAUGUUCCCUAAUGAGGAACCCUGUUUAGACGAUCUCGACAGUGAAGCUGAAAUUGCCGAACUAGAGAAGGCCCUGUGUAGAAUUGUCACUAUCGAAAACCGUAACGUCACGUUCAGCCACCCAUCUUUCUAUCGAAUGACUGGGUCGAAUGAAGAGGGAUCGCAAGCUAGGAUAAACAGCUCGAUUGCAACAGCAUGCUUAAGAUACUUUCAGUUCGAGGGUGUACAGAAGACUCUUAGCGACUUUUGCUCGACGAGACCUGCAGCAUGUUUCACGCCACUUGAUGCAGUGGUGGUUCUCCACCCACGUAUCACUAUGGCUGAAUACGCGGUUCGCUUUUGGCACCGGCAUUACCUGGCUAGUGGAGAAUUCAAACCAAAGCAUCUAGUACAUGAGCUCUUCAGCAACAAGCAGGCCCGGGCCAGCUGGGAGAUUACCUUCUGGCUCCUCUCCAAUACCUUCGCAAGAAGUGAUCAAAGCUACAUAUCUACACUCCCAGUCUUUGCCAUGUUAGACCUGGAAGACUUAGUUGAGGAGAAGAUCUUAUCUGAAGAAGGCCAGCCGUGGUUCAAUGAAGAUUGCUGGGAUGCCAUUAUAGAAGCUGUUCGAUCAGGCAGUACAAGAAUUGCCCAAAACCUGCUGGAUCUCGUUACGGUGGAUACGAAGAAGCUCCAGAGAGCCUUGCUCUGCGCUGCGGCACUGGAUAACAGCGAAAUCUUGGAUGCAUUAGUUGCCAAGACGUCUGAACUGGAAUCCUUCUAA